UUUCAAAAUGGCAGCCAACGUAAACAUUAGGGAUAAAGAGAUAGCAAAGUGACAAUGAUAAGAGCGAAAGAACAGAAAAAAUAAUCGAAAUUAAUGUAAAUCGGAAGAAGCGAACGUGCCUACGAUGAUAGCCCGGAAAAAGGUGUGGCCGCGGACCAUCGGCGAUCUACUGUCGAUGAUCUUCGUGCUGGUCGUAGUGCCUCUGAUGUACUGGUUCGGACUAUGGAUAAUACUACCGGCAUUGUACGAGAAUAAGAACUUGGCAUAUACAUUUCACUUUAUUCUCGGCAGUUUUAUUCUAUUGAAUAUCGUAGGUAAUUUCACGUAUACAGUGCUGUGCGACACUAGCAUCGGUGGACGCAUCGUGCCCAUGAGCACCGCGAAGAUAGCCGAUGGCUGGAGGCUGUGCGCGACCUGCGAGUGCAUGUCGCCACCGCGUUCGUGGCACUGCAACACCUGCGACAUCUGCAUCCUUAAACGCGACCACCACUGCGUGUUCACCGGCUGCUGCGUGGGCUACUACAAUCACAGAUAUUUCAUCAUGUUUCUGUGGUACCUGUUCCUUGGUGCAACGUAUGCCUUCUACUACGGCAGUCUGUUCAUCUGGAGUAGGAUGCCUUUUGAGUUUCCAAUGUCUGUCAUCAAGAUGGUCUUUCCCGUGGCGAUCUUCUUUUUUGGCUUCGACAGCUCCAUGGAUCAGUUCUACUUGUUGCUGUAUGUUGUGUCGGCAGUGGGCACUUUAUACACUGGAGUUUUGUGCAUUUAUCACUUCAAUUUGAUUCUCAGGGGUGUUGUGGGUAAUGAGAGCAAUAAGAAAGAUUUUACGUAUGAUGUAGGAUGGAAAGAUAAUAUUCGAGAAGUGUUUGGAGAACGAUGGUAUCUGGCGUGGUUGCUUUUUUAUGUAGAAUCCAAGUUACCUCAUGAUGGAGUUUCAUGGCAUCAUUUGUGUUCGAAAAAAGAUUGAAUUACUUUUAUUAAUUAUUGUGAUUUCUAUCGAACUAUGUAUUAUAUGAUGUACUAAAAGCAAGUGUUUGUUUGUGUUGAAAAUAUUGAAGAUAUCUUGAUGACCAAAA